AUGUACAACGAGAGCAACGUCCCAAACAGGUGUGUGUGCGACGCAGCCAAGGUCCCAGAACCACUGCCUCUUCCGCUACGACCUUGCUGUGACCCCUAUGGACGUCUGGUGCCACUCAACGUGCCCUACAGGAGACCUAUCGAUGGCAAUUUGACCAAACUGGGCUAUGAUGCGUGUUUGCUGCCGGAAAUCCAACGCCAGAAAUGUCCCUGUUGUGGAUUUCGGCAAGCCCCCAUCGAAUGUUGUGCACGAGAGGAUCGCACAGUCAUGCCCUGUGGCUACGAUCCCAAGAACAAGGAACACAAGAGGAUUUAUGGGAGAUACUUUGACCGAUUCAACGACGUGUGUCCCCAGUAUUGA